AUGGAUAAAUAUAAUAAAGCCGAGGUUGAGAAAGCUGAAAUUGCUCACAUCGAGUCUAAUAUUGAAAGCAGCUCCCAAUUGAAAAUCAGAAAGGCAGUCGAGAAACCAGAUCUGUUGCAGCAGUAUACUGACGAAGAGAUCGAUAAAUUCCACAGGAAAAUUACGCUUAAAGUUGAUUUGCGUUUGAUUCCUAUGCUUGUCCUCUUAUACAUUCUCAACUAUCUCGACAGAAACAACAUCGCAAGUGCUAGAUUGGGUGGCUUGGAAGACGACUUGAACUUGAAAGGCAAUCAAUAUCAGACAUGUAUAUCGAUCCUAUUUGUUGGUUACAUUCUCAUGCAAAUUCCAUCCAACAUGUUCUUAAACAAGUUUAAGAAGCCCUCAAUUUUUAUUACAGGCAUUAUGGCUGCCUGGGGUACUGUGUCGACUUGCACGGCAGCUGUGCAAGGUUUCGGUGGCUUGUUGGCAAUUCGUUUGAUCUUGGGAUUUGUUGAAGCUGGAUUUUUUGGCAGUUGCCUUUAUGUUUUAUCUUGUUGGUACACCAGAAAGCAGCUUGGUUUCAGAAAUUCGUUGUUGUACUCAGGAUCUUUACUUUCAGGUGCCUUCUCGGGUCUUAUCGCAGCAGGAAUUAUCGAUAACAUGGAUAAUCUUCACGGUUUGAGAUCUUGGAGAUGGUUAUUCAUUAUUGAAGGCGCCAUAACUGUCGGUAUUGCACCAAUUGCGUAUUUUGUGUUACCUGAUAUGCCUCACAACUCCAAAAUGUUGAGUGAUUUCGAGAAAGAUGUCCUAUUGUACAAAAUCAGAUGUGAAACCGGUCAAGAUGACAGUGAUGAGACGAACGAGGAGUCAUACUGGGGCGCGUUCAAAUUGGCCGUCUCCGACAUUAAAGUUUGGGCUUGUUGUGGGAUCCUCUCAUGGUUAGUAUCUGCUGCUGGUGUCACGAAUUUUUUUCCCUCUAUCGUGGAAACUUUGGAUUUCAACCGUGUGAUAACAUUAUGUUUGACAGCACCUCCCUACAUUCUUGCUGUGAUAAGCACAUUCAUUUGGGCUCUUCAUGCUGAUAGGACCGGGGAGAGAUUCUGGCAUGUGGUACUUCCUUUAAUUGUUGCAUUAAUUGCAUUUAUUAUAGCUGUUUCGACUCUCAACAUCGGGGCAAGGUACUUUUCUAUGGUGAUCAUGGUUCCAGCAAUCUACUGCUCGUUCACAACAAUAUUGUCAUGGAUGUCAAACUCUUGUCCACGUCCUCCAUUAAAGCGUGCCAUUGCUCUUUCUUUGAUGAACUGUUUGUCUAACUCAGCUUCGAUUUGGAAUGCAUACUUAUAUCCGUCCUCCUCGGCACCACGGUAUACUAUAGCUUUCGCAUGUAACUGUGUUUUCAUUGGGCUUGCAAUUUUGUGUGCUAUUGCGUUGAGAUGGAGAUUGCAGAUUUUGAACAAGAGAAUAGAGAAUGGCACCAUGAACUGGGAGAAGGAAUUGGGUAAAGGCAAUGAUGGUUCAGAGGUAAAAGAGGACUUCAGAUUUUUGAUUUGA